AUGCACACCCACCACCCACUUCCUUCGCCUUCGUCCUCCCAUCCUCCCGGCCCGAUGCACACGCGUCCACUUGGCCACAACAACUCCUUCGACUGUUCCCUCACGCGCCCCUGCCGCCGCCACACCCGUGCUUCGCCCUUGCGCACAGCGUGUCGCAAUCGUCACGCUACCCGUGCUUCAGCGCGUCGACGGCGAGGGUGA